AAUAGAUUAACUUCUAUGGGUGCAAAGGCUCAUGUAGAUAUUUUGAGAUUGGUGGCCACUCUGUUGGUACUGCAGCUGAUUCGAGUAAAGAAGUCAGCCGAGGGGAAGCUGCUUCAGUCUCUCUUCUCUCUGAAAGACUCUGAGGGUCCCAGGCCAAUGCACUGGGAGGCUGUGAAGAAAGCAGUGGACUGGGCUUGCUGGGCAGAUAAACAAUAUCCAUGUGUGUGCAGCAGACUGGAGUUCGGCUGGGAUUGGGAAUCAUCCACACGCCAGUUACUGGGCUAUGAUUCAGCACUUCCAUACUCUCCACUCAUACCUGUUCUGGACAGGCGUUUGGGUUUAUCUGUUAUUUAGUAA